AAACAUGUUCAUGUCAAAUUGACGCUAACCUCAAACAGAUUAUUUUCUGUUAUUUGCAUGUGUUUACAUUAUCAAUGUCAAUGAAAACUAAACAACAGGUUUGAACAAGUUUCUACAAGUCCUUAGGAUGGAGGAUAGUGAAGAGAUGGACACUGGCGAUUCAGAGCAGAACAUUCCUGUCAUGGGAAAAGCAAUGGAAAUGAUGAAAAGAAUGGGUUACAAAGAAGGCUGCGGCUUGGGGAAGUUGGAACAAGGAAUGUUGAAUCCCAUUGAUUGUCCACGUCAAAUAUCCAAAAGGGGUUUAGGGAUGCCAAGACAUAUUGUAGAAAAAUGGACUUCAUUCGAUGAAGGAAUUGAGCUUGACGAAGAAAUACAAUGGUUGAUAAAUAAUGAAAGCAGUGAUUUUAAUUUGAAGGAAAGGGGAAAUUGGCUGCAAAAAGAUUUGCCCAAGACUACUAUUAUAAAUGAGACAAAGUUCAGUGAACCUGAAUUGCUAAUUAAUCUGCUGAAUGCAAAGAAAGAUGUAUUUCAAACAUUCAAUAAUUUAGAGCUGUGCAAAGCCCGUUCGAGAGCUAAUCCGUUUGAAACGCUGAAAGCUGCAUUCUUUAUGAACAGGGCCGCUUUGAAGAUGGCCAACAUCGAUGCCGCUACGGAUUUCAUGUUUUCGGGCGUUGACAAGAAUCCUCAUCAUAUGUCUAAUGGUCCGCAUUAUUUCGCUGAUGUGUGCGCUGGUCCAGGAGGGUUCAGCGAAUAUAUACUUUGGAGGAAGAAUUGGUGCUUCAAAGGAUUCGGUUUCACGUUGAAAGGAGAACACGAUUUUAAAUUAUUCAAUUCGACUUGUUGCUCAGUAUCAACGUUCAGGAGUUACUAUGGUAAAGCCAAUGAUGGGAACGUGUGCAAUCCUGAAAACAUUAAAGAUUUCGCUUUGAACGUGAUGCAUGAUACUGAAAAUAAAGGAGUACAUUUUAUGAUGGCCGAUGGAGGUUUCUCCGUGGAAGGUAACGAAGAAUUGCAAGAAGUCUUGUCCAAACAAAUAUACGCGUGCCAAUGUCUGGUGGCUUUGGAAAUAGUAAGACCUCAUGGGCACUUUGUCACGAAACUAUUCGAUACCUUCACAGAAUUCAGUGUCGGAUUAAUAUUCCUGAUGUACCAGUGCUUCGAAAAGAUUGCUAUAUUCAAGCCGAGCACGUCGAGACCCGCCAACUCCGAGCGAUACCUAAUUUGUAGCAAUCUGAAAGAGUCCAGUAUUGUACGAGAUGUUCGCAACUAUUUGAGAUUAAUUGUGCAUGAAAUGUGGACUCUGAGCGAAAGUAAAGUGAGUAACGUGGAUCUCGUGAGUUUGGUGCCUUUUGAAGUCAUCGCGAAGUACGAACACUUCAAGACAUACAUCAUCGAUCGAAACAAUAAAUUAGGAAAAAAGCAGGUUGCGAAUCUGAUUAAACUAGCGGAGUUCUGCAAGAACCAGAAUCUGUUUGAUGAGAGGCAGGACGAUCUGCGCACUGUAUGCCUGAAGAAAUGGAAUCUACCUGAUAAAAUCAGAAGUCCCAAAGAAUUGAUAACCAAGGAAGAUUUGUUGAUCAUAACUCUAAUCAAAACAGAGUUUUUGCAUGUUAAGUCUGAAGACAUAUCAAACGAUGAACAAUUAGCUAAACUUUGCGCAAAUAAGUCUGAUUGGACUUAUUGUCCAUUAUACAGUGCACGUUCAUCGAGAAAAUGCGGCAUAUUUGUAGCAACUGCGGAUCGGAAAAUUGUUAAAUUGCACAAUCACGUGUGGUUAAAAAUAAAGAACUUGAAGCUGAUCAAGGGGACUAUUCUAUUUGGAGAAGUAGUGAUGGAAAAAUGUUUAGAUAAGGGAACCGCCAGAGAGGAAGUAAAAAGCUUGCAUGUUAUAGAUGCAAUAAGAUUGGGAGAUACCAUCAUAGUUGACUUGCCUUUCAAAGAAAGGUUGCAAAUGAUUACUGCUUUCUGCAAAGCAAUGAACUUUGAGACGUGCCCCACUAAUGUGAGAUUGAGACCCAAGGUUUUCGAUUGUCUGGGGAACAUCUCAAAUAAUCCUUUAAUCCAUUUUAACGAAGAGGAUCAAAAAUAUCAAAGCGUGCUUCCGACUGUUGGAAUCGGAAAUCUCGAGGAAAAGUAUAACGUUCAUUCUAUGUUGUUCCUCAAAACUGAUGAUCGACAACAAUUUCACACGACGUACGUUUUGAGAGCUCGGCUCUUCAUCGAUUCCCUCGAGCUCGAGGAUGAUGAAAUCUCUGUUAAGUACGAGACAUUAAUCCAUGGUUUAUAAGCUAAUAUUUAAUUGCACUCUGAAAAUAUAAGGAGUAUAAACAAUCAUUUAAAUGUAACUUGUAACGUUAUUAUUUAUUUUUAAUCUAGUCUUUAAAUACACAACUAACUCAUUUUUAUUUGUAUUCAU